GACUGUUAUCGAUGAGUCAAGCUCGACUGUUAGGUUUGGCAGUUGAGUUCGAUGGGAACACACCGACUGGUACAGUCUUUAAGAUGUCUUCACAGCCCAAGCCUUAUUUUCAAAUCCCUGAACGGCACAGGGCAGCGGCUACAGCAGGUUAUAGGAAGAUGCUUCUGCUGGCAUGUUUCUCCUUGCUCACCUUGACUUUUGGGGUCACUGAUGGCGCUUCUGUCGAUCAUAGCUUUAGCAAGAGGGAACAAGACUCGAACGCGAAUGUCGCAGACCGGAAACAAGAGGGCGUCCGCUUGCCUGUGCAAGACCAAGACGAAUUGACAAAAAUCAUAGAAGCUUCCCAACCUAGGUAUCGCAGAAUCCUGGAACCCAUCCUGAAGAACAGCGAGCACGUAAACCAGGAAGCGGAAAUGAAAAAUGAAGCAACGGUAUCAGACGCAAACGACAAAGCCAGGGGCAGAGGCCCCAAUCUUCAAGUUCUUACUGAAAAGGACAGCAAGACUCCGACAAGGGAACGAUCUUUGAAAGAAAAGUCGAAGCUAGAGGACACGAUGCCACGGACGCCAGCGCCACUCACACAGACAAAAGCCAGGAGGACGAAAGAGGACUCGAGACCAUUUUCCGCUGCUGAAAGAGCAGAUGUCGCCACGGAAACACAGAAACCGGACAGGAACUUGCAGGGUCAAGACACGGAGGAGGAUGGAAGCUUUCCACAACAGCUAAGAAACUCAGGUCUCAAGGACGCCACUUCCGGAGAUGGUUCUCAACAGGGUCGUCCCCUUAGCAUCAAACCGUUGCGAAUGCGCGCAUUAAGGAGAAAUCUGGAAAAAAAAUAGUAAGGAGAAAGAGGAGUACUGGACAGAUGACUGAUCACCAUGAGACCAACUCGAAUGCCUUUCCGGCGUACAAAUCUGAUAAAAAUUAUGGCGAUGUAAGCAAUGUCCCCUACAAAGACUCCAGUACCAGCCAAGAAGCCUACGUCCAAGGGGCUCCUGAAGCGAGCUCCAUGAACUCGCCGCACGGGGGGGAGGAGAGACAUGGGGGAAGCAACGUGUACACGGACAACCUGUUUGCUGCUGCCUUAGCUAUUCACAAGAACACCGAUAUCGAUGAGGAGAAGGCUUGGGACGACGUUAUGAGUCGUCUGCACAAUCCAACGCCACCAGAGACAGACUCUGCCUCACACGAAGAGUCCAAGUUCCAUGCUGCCAGUGCUCGAAACACCCGAAAAGAAGCGCUCGACAGUUCGUCGUAUACUUACGAUCACGACACAGGCAAGUUACAGUCCGAGAAAGGGGAACAGGUCACCUCCGGGUCAGAUAACGUAGACAAAGAAGAAAUCAAUCUCGCUCAUAGGGCAUCAGUCCCUGAACACUUCGAGGCGACGGAAAUUUAUCGUGAUUCUCUCAGCUCUGGUAGUCCGAUUAGCAACUUCGAUCGUUACGACCAUCAACCGUACAUUCAAGACGAGGCGAGCGACGCGGUUGAAGCGCUGACCGACGACACAUCGUCCUCAGAUGGAGAUAAUGACCCGGACGACAGUGACCCUGAGGACACGUCUGCUCAGCACUGGGUUCCUGACAGCAGGAAAACGCUAGCUGCUAAUUCCUACCAUUACACAUCUAGUGACAGCCACAGCGAAGAAAGUGCUCACAUCCCCAGUGACGAAGAAGACGAGUCUGUUGAUGACAACGAACAUGCCAGUUAUAUGGCCAGCAGGGAGUCUCCUGACGACGAAUCAGAUUAUGAUGACCUAGUAGACAGUAGGAGUAGUUAUAGUGAGAACAGUGACCAACAGGAACUAGAUGUCAAUAAAUACUAUACCAACGGACGCUAUGGCUAUGCAGCCGCUAUACCGAACUCGCAUCACGAUAGUUAUGUGGACGACGCCAGCCUUAGCAGCGACGAGAGUCUGGAUGGACAUAGCGGAGCGGCCCAGAACGAACACGAGUAUCUCCACUCAGAUUCGAAUCAUGAAUGGCAAGCAAUGGAUGGCUCAAGCUCAGAGGAAGACAGUGAUGAAUCGAUGAUUCAAGGUGAAAACAGCGCAAACAUCGAUAAGCCGUACUACGCUGUACACGGUGGUGUUGGAGCACAUCACUCAGAAGAUCAGAGCGCCCUGCGAGAGGAUGCGACUCAGUUUAGCUCGUACUCACAAGCUGGCCUCGACAAGAACAUGUACAAGCAAGAUAAUGACGGUCAUCUAGUAGACUUGCCCGACUCCGGACACAGUUCGAUGGCUAGCGCUUCUUCCGAAGAGCAUCCUUACGUCAAUGCGAUUGGGUCAGGUGAUGGGAGACAAGCUAGGCUUGAGCAUGCCGAUCGUGGCAAUGGUUAUAACCAGGUAGUGGACACGCACCCAAACUGGGACAGUCAUUCCCUUUCUGAAUCGGCAGAUACGACGAUUGACAGCUCCGAUAUAUCCGAUGAUGACCCUGAUGACUCCUCUGCAGAGAACCUCGAGGCGAUAUCGUCAUCUAGCAACCAGGUAGAGCAUCCACAACACUUGUCACACUACGCUGCCAGGGGGCACGAUUCGGAGCAAGAUGAAGUUUCUUCUGCUUACGAGCACCAUGGGGACUUCUCGGCCGACCCCCCUGACCAUGAUGAUGAUAAUGAUGAUGAUGACAGCGCGGCGAUUGAAAGCAAAGAAUAUAUGGGGAUGACAUCGCAUGCUUCCUCCCCAGACACCUCUGAUGUCACUUGGGGGGAGAGGGAGUUUCCAGCCUAUAAGGCGAAUCACCAUGAGCUCGUGUCCAGCGAGAACGAGAAUGGAAGAAGCGCGGUAGACGAAGGUCAUUCUGCACUCGGAUUCGUACCCAGAACCAACCCAUCCUCUGUCCACUCUACUCAAACCUACCGAAGACAAGAAUCCAUCCACCACUAAAAAUCACAUUUUGAGCCCUGGCAGGGCAGGAGGUUAAUGGCAAUAAAGCCUUUUCUGAUGUUUGGGGGUUAGUGGGAAAGGUUUAUUUUCUUUGCUUCAGACUAGUUUUCAGUUACUGACAGAACUGGUUGAAUACCAAACGAUAUUUAAUUACUCGAGAAUACGACAAGGAUGAUCAGCAGACGGAAAUUUUGGUCUCGGUUUGUAAGAGAACAGGUACAGGAGGAACGGUAACUGAAAAUCUAUUCAACGAGUUUUUUGGGAUUUUUUGGUUUUGUUUUUAUUUGCUUAAAUGCUCAGAGAUAAGUCAGUACAUGAGCCACCCGUGUAGCAGAGCACAAACGCACCCGCAUCCAACAAUUUCAGAAUUCGCGUUAGCAGACAGAUAAUCUUCUAGGCUGAUCAUUGUUUUGAACAGAGAGCCAGAUAAAUCUGGAAACAGCUACCGUUCACAUCUACGACUACCACAAAGCAUAAAAGUUCAUUGUAUUAAUUUCUGUUAUUGAGAUCACUAUAUUCAGUUGUAACAUAAGUUAGGAAUUCCACAAGACGAAAAAAAAUGUAAUUCUUUUUUUCGAUACAACAGUACUUAGCCGUUGUCUUCUUGCUCCCUUUUGGAAGUUUUGUCAUGCGAUGAUGAUGUCAGAAAACUUGACGACAGGGUGUAAUGACAUAACGAUGUACUGAUGUAAUGUUGUGAAAACCACUUACAAUAAAGUGUCCGUUACAGAUGGC